AUUUCUCUUUUUUCCCCUUUCGGCGUUUCAAAAGUAAAGACUUCAAAUAACUUUAUCACAAACAUUCUCCACUCAAUACACAUACACAGUUACACACAGAGAGAGACACAGAAACAUCACAACAACACACACACGAUCCUUAGAUCUACUCUAUCUACGAAUCACAACUUCAUUUCUAGAGAGAGAAAGUUCUAGAGGAUAGAUAGACAGCUAGAGUUUUCUAGCUUCAUGCGUUGACGUUGCCGAUGGAUGAGAAGUUGAUACAGCGAUUGGAGUCCGCCGUCACACGGCUUGAGGCACUGUCAGCCGGCGGCUUCAGCGGAGGAGUUUCGCCGGGGGAGGGCGAAGCUGCGGCUGUUUUAGAUCCGUCGAUUAUUGCCUUUGACGAUCUGAGGUCUCAGUUCGUCGGGAGAGUUCGAAGUGCUGCAGAGAAGAUUGGAGGGCGAGUUUUGGAUGUGACAAAGAUUGUUGAGGAGGCUUUUGAAGCUCAGCGUGAACUUCUUAUCAAAAUCAAGCAGACUCAGAAACCUGACAUGUCUGGUUUGGCUGAAUUUCUUAAGCCUUUGAAUGAUGUGAUUGUGAAAGCUACAAAAAUGAUAGAAGGACGGCGACCUGAUUUCUUCAAUCACUUGAAGGCUGCUGUUGAUAGUCUGACAGCCCUGGCAUGGAUAGCUUACACUGGAAAGGAUUGUGGUUUGAGUAUGCCUAUUGCACACGUGGAAGAAAGUUGGCAGAUGGCUGAAUUUUACAAUAACAAGGUCCUUGUGGAGUUCCGAAACAAAGACUCGAAUCAUGUUGAAUGGGCAAAAGCCUUGAAAGAGCUUUAUCUCCCUGGCUUGCGAGAUUAUGUUAAGAGUCACUAUCCGUUGGGUCCUGUAUGGAGUGCUACAGGGAAAGUUGCUGUAUCUGCACCACCAAAAGCUCCCACACCAAGUGCUCCCAUGCCUCCUCCUCCACCGCCAGCUUCUUUGUUCAGCUCUGAAUCUCCCCAGGCUUCAUCAUCACGUCAAACGAAAGGGAUGACAGCUGUUUUUGAUGAAAUUAAUUCGGGAAAGCCAGUGACUUCUGGAUUGAGAAAGGUGACAGAUGAUAUGAAGACAAAGAACUGGGCAGACAGAACUGGUGUCAUUAGUGCAGGAGGAAAGGAAGGUCAUGUUAGCUCACCCUCUUUUUCUAAAGCUGGACCUCCGAAAUUGGAGCUUCAGAUGGGUCGUAAAUGGGUGGUCGAGAAUCAUAUAGGAAAAAAGAAUCUAGUCAUUGAUGAUUGCGAUGCAAAGCAAUCUGUUUAUAUUUUUGGUUGCAAAGAUUCAGUUCUGCAGAUCCAAGGGAAAGUCAACAACAUAACAGUUGAUAAGUGCACUAAGAUGGGAGUUGUAUUCACGGAUGUUGUGGCAGCUUGUGAGGUUGUCAACUGCAAUGGUGUGGAGGUGCAAUGUCAGGGUUCAGCACCAACAAUUUCAGUCGAUAAUACAACUGGAUGCCAGUUGUACUUGAGCAAAGGUUCUUUGGAGACUUCCAUUACAACAGCCAAGUCAAGUGAAAUCAAUGUUUUGGUUCCUGAUGCUGGACCUGAUAGUGAUUGGGGUGAGCAUGCUUUGCCACAGCAAUUUUCUCAUGUAUACAAGAAUGGCCAAUUUGUGACGACACCUGUCUCCCAUUCUGGAGGUUAACUGGGGACAAUUUCGACAUUCAAUUUCUUAUGCUUUUCAUAUUAUUUGCCAAUUUGAUUAAGAGUUUUAAAGGGUGGUUGAUUGUUUUCUUUCUUGAGUGUAAGUUAUGUCCUCAUCAUUGUAUCUUGUGCAUUUUAUGCGCAUCUCCUGUUGGCAGUUUUUUUAAAAUGAGUGUCUGUGACUUUGUUGUUGUAACACGUCUGUUUUUUUGUACUAAAGCUUGAUCUUUGUAAGCCAUCAAUUUUCUCAUAUAUUCCUUUUAAAGGUGGUAAUGUUUCUACUAAUGGUUUAUUCA